AGCACCAGGUAAAGUUUCGACUGUUUACGAGCAUCGACGCAACCCGGUUGUUUAGAUUACAUCAGGCAGUGAGUGGGUCAGUGCAGCCGCACAACUUAGCACGAGUGUGGAAACGUCUCACUUCAGGCCAGAGUCGGUCCCCUCAACAGCGCAAGCUAAAAGCAACCAUGAUCUUUGCUUUAAGGAACCUCCUGGGACGCUCGGUUUCUCUGAGCAACAAAUGCUCCGUGCGCUCAUUUCGAUGUGGCCAGGUUGUACUAAGUGCUGCUACUCUGAAAGGGCGUCAUCUACUGACUCUCAAGGAUUUUAAUGGAGAAGAAAUCAAACAAUUCCUGUGGACUGCGGCUGAUCUGAAAGUGAGAAUAAAACAGAAAGGAGAGAUCCUCCCUUUGCUCCAAGGAAAGUCUAUUGCCAUGAUAUUUGAAAAAAGAAGCACCAGAACAAGAAUCUCUACUGAAACAGGAUUUGCAUUGCUUGGAGGGCACCCAUGUUUCCUUACUACAGAAGAUAUUCAUCUAGGAGUAAAUGAGAGUCGUAAAGACACGGCAAGGGUGUUGUCUGGGAUGACUGACCUGAUCCUGGCCAGGGUGUACAAACACUCUGAUCUCGUGCAACUCGCAGAAGAUGGUUCAAUCCCAGUGAUCAAUGGGCUGUCAGAGCUGUACCAUCCUAUCCAAAUCCUGGCUGAUUACCUUACCCUUCAGGAACAUUUUGGCAAACUGAAGGAUCUGACUGUGUCUUGGAUAGGAGAUGGAAACAAUGUGUUACACUCUUUCAUGAUGAGCGCUCCUAAGCUUGGAAUGCAUCUACGCAUUGCUACUCCUAAGGGCUUUGAACCUGAUACCAAUGUCACCAAGAUUGCUAAAUCAUUGGCUGAAGAGUGUGGAACCAAGUUGUUGUUCACGAGUGAUCCUCUGGAAGCAGCAAAUGGAGCCAAUGUUCUGGUAACAGACACGUGGAUCAGCAUGGGACAGGAAGAGGAGAAAGCGGAGCGACUGAAGGCAUUCCAUGGUUAUCAAAUCACAAUGAAGACUGGGAAGUCCGCUGCUCCAAACUGGACAUUCUUGCAUUGUUUGCCACGAAAACCUGAAGAAGUUGAUGAUGAGGUAUUUUACUCUCCACGAUCACUGGUCUUCCAAGAAGCUGAAAAUAGGAAAUGGACAAUCAUGGGUGCAAUGGUGAACAUACUGACAGAUUAUUCUCCAUUGAGCAACAAACCAGAGUUCUGAAUCCUGCCCUACAGUUUAGUAUCCAUUAUGCAGGAAUGCUCAUAGAAGCAUUAUAUGAAAUGCUUCAAAUACUGGUGUAACUCUGCAAUUCUUUGAUAAUAAAUUACACUAUUUA